AUUGUUUAGAGCUAGAUUGUAAUCCUACUGUUGGUUAAUGAAUGAAGCUCUUUGACUAAAAAAUUAAGGAGGAGAGGUUAACAAACAAUAAACCAAGGGCAAUACGGUCCUUAAAAAAAGUUGUGUUUCCCGGGCCAUACCGACCGCCAUGGCCCAACCACAGCCAGGGCAUGGCACCAAUCCAAGCCACCGGCCGCCGCAGCAGUCUCUCUCGCCCCUCCCCUUUAAACCCCUCCUCUUCUUCCCUUCGUCUUCCACCCAAAGAAGGCAAGAAGCGAGGAGCCCGAUCUCCCUCACCCCUACCAAGCAAUGCUGGCCAUCGUGGAGGUGGACGCGCGGCACGCCGCUAAGGGGAAGAAGGCCGCGGAGCAGGAGGGGAAGACGCCGCCACCGCAGCCGGUGGCAGCCCUGCGGAAGCACCGGCAACCCACGCCGGAUCACCCACCCUAUUGCUGGAUGAUCGGAGAGGCGAUCGACGCGUUGGGCGAGGACGGCGGCUCGGCGGAGGACUCCAUCUCGGCCUUCAUCUGCGCCAGGUACCCCGGCGUGCCCGCGGCGCACGACAGGCUCCUCCGGCACUACCUCGCCAAGCACGUUGCCGAGGGCUUCUUCGUGCUCAACGCGCACGGUCGGUACGCGCGCAGCCCCGAGGAGUCCGCGGCCGUGGAGUUCCCGGUGGAGCCUUCCGCGGUGGUCUCAUCCGAGGCGGCGUGCGUUGGGUCUCUGGUGACACAGGCCAAGCGUGGCCGUGGCCGGCCGCGGAAGGAUGGCUCGUUGCCGGGAUCGCCUUCCGGCAAGAAGGGCGGCAGCGGGGCACAGUACGCGACGCCUAAGCGCCGUGGACAGCGUCGCGACGCAGCGCCGCUGGCCGCUGACGAGGGCUCUGUUCCAGCGUCAUCGGUUUCUAUUGCCAACAAUAAGGACGGAAGCCAGGCGACGUCCUCGACGCCCAGGCGCCGUCGCCGGCUUCGCAAGCUGGCGCUGGGCGCCACUGACGGCUCUGGCGCAGCACUCUUCACAGACAAGGACGGCGGCGACGCCCCAUCCAUCACGGACAAGGAGCAUGGACGAUCGCGUGAGCGGGCACUGAUGAUCGUCCACGACGGCGCUGCCACAACAUCCGCCAGAGACAAGGUAUGCGGUGAGGCCCCUCCAACCACGCCCAAGGACCAUGAUCCUUGCGAGCUGGCGCUGGUGACCGCCACCGACGUGUUUGCACUAACGCCGGCCAUGGACAAGAAGGACGGCGGCGCGGCUCCAUCCUUCAGCCUGGCCCUCGUGGCCAACCACGACGGUGUUUCCACAACGUCCACCGAUCCCGAGCACAGUAGCCAGCCUUGCGAGCUGGCGCUCGUGUCUGCUGACGACGGCUCUGUUCCGGCGUUGGUUGCUGACAAGAAGGAUGACGGUGAGGCUCCAUAUGCAACGUACAAGCGUCGUCGUCAGCCUCCUCGCAAGGUAGCGCCAGUGGCGAUUGCUGCCCACGGCUCUGCCCCAGCAUCCACUGCAGGCGAGAAGGCUGGCGGCAAGGCUCUGUCAGCUACACCCAAGGGCCGUCGCCGGCAGAGGCAAAAACCGGCCCUGUUGGCCACCGGUGACCUCUCUGCCCCUACAGUUGCUGGCAAGAAGGCAGGCAGUAUGGUCUCAUUUGCAACGCCCAAGCUGACACCAGUGACUGCCGGUGGCGGCUCUACCACGGCGUCAGUUGCUGACAAGGACAGCAACGUGGAUGGAGUAGCGACGAAGCCGCACGGCCGGCCUCGCAAACUGUACCCACCGACCGCUGACGAGAUACCAGAUGAUCCGUUGUUCUGUUUGCUCGCGUUGCCUGCUUGUAUGCCGGCGGCGGCGAACGCGUAGCUCCAGCUUAACAGCGUAAUGGCAGGUUCAUGAAGUGUCUCGUGAUUUGAAUCACAGCCAUCGAAUUGCACAGGAGGAUAGCUUUUGUAUGUUUUUCUUUUGCUAAACUAGUCUGCUUAGUGCUUUGAGAAAUUAUGGCAACUAUAUGCUUUAUUGUUGUGCAGUGUAAUGGGUUU